AUGUACGACAUGUUUCGCAGCGGCAACGGUUCAUACAAUAUCUUUAGCACUCGCGACCUGGAUUUCCACGCGCGACAUCGCCGGCUCCUCUCCGGGCCGAUUUCAGAGGCCAACUUGAAGAGUUUCGAGCAUAUCGUACAGGCACGAGGAGAUUUGGCCGUUGAGAAGAUUGGGCUGGCAAUGAAGAGAUACGGAGCGGCGGAUGUGAUGAAAUGGUGGAUGUUCUUCAGUACCGAUGUCAUUGGAGAGUUGACUUUUGGGGAUAGUUUUCGAAUGUUGGAACAAGGCAAGGUAGACUCACCUGCCCUUAGGGGGACUAGAAGUCUUACUCGGGCAUCGGCUAACGCAUCGUUCCGCCAGGUAAACCAAUACGCACGCGACCUUCAGAAAGUAGCCGUCCAAGGCGGUAUUCGCGUUGCCUUCCCCAAAGUCGUAAAGCUUGCAUCGUAUCUCCCACUUCCGCUCUUCAGCGAGACCUAUGCCGCGUCGCAACGGAUGCGCUCCUACGCCGAAGAGUCCAUCCGUCGCUACGAAAGGAUGGUAGCAGCGGAGCCGAACAACCCCAAACCUACACUUUUCAGCAAGCUUUUCAAAGCUGGUGAAGAGACAAUGUCCCCGCCUGAGCUCGUAGCCGAUUCGCAGGCCUACAUAACUGCCGGCAGCGAUACGACGGCGCAUAGCUUAACGUAUCUGACGUGGGCGGUCUGCCGAGAUGAGAGUAUCAAGCCGAGACUUGUUAAGGAACUUGAAACUCUGCCCGAUGGAUAUCGGGAUGAGGAUCUGAAAGUGCUACCGUACUUGAACCAGGUCAUUCAGGAAACGCUGAGAUUGUAUGCUGCUGCGCCGGCGUUGUUGCCGAGAGAGAUACCAACAGGUGGAUGCGAGGUUGAUGGUUACUGGAUGCCUGGCGGAACGGUGGUUCAAACUCAGGCAUACAGUAUGCAUAGAGACCCUACAGUGUAUUCGGAGCCUGAACGCUUCAACCCCUCGAGAUGGGAGUCGCCCUCGAAAGAAAUGAAAGAUGCUUGGAUGCCCUUUGGCGGUGGAGCUCGAAUCUGUAUCGGACUACAUCUGGCCCAGCUGGAGCUUCGAAUUGCGACUGCGAAGUUUUUCCGGGCAUUUCCAAAUGCGAAGGUGUCGAGACUGGAUGGAUUUAACAAUGAUGAUAUGGAGCAGGUUAUCUACUUUCUAAUGUACCCCAAAGGAAAACGUUGCCUCAUCCAAGCGUUAUAA